AUGAGUUAUAUUCACCCCUCAUGGAAUUACCAGGGUCACCAGGGAAUCCCGAUGGACCAGCACAUGGCAUAUGACCCGGCCAUGGUCCCACCUCCGAUGAUGCACCCCAUUGACGGCUAUAUGUACCCUCACCCGCCAAUGGAAAUGAUUGAUUACUAUCACCAACCGAUUAUGGACUACGAUGAGUACACAGAAAACCUCUCGCGACCACGGUUGACCAAAGAACAAGUUGAGACCCUGGAGGCUCAAUUCCAAGCUCAUCCAAAACCAAGCAGCAAUGUUAAGCGUCAAUUGGCCGCUCAGACAAACCUGAGCCUUCCUCGCGUUGCGAAUUGGUUUCAGAACCGCCGUGCGAAGGCCAAGCAGCAGAAACGCCAGGAGGAAUUUGAAAAGAUGACCAAGGCCAAGGCUGAAGCCGAAGAAGCUGCUCGCCGAAAAUCAGAGACCUUGGAUCAAAUAUCUGGAUCUCGGAAAGGGUCGAUCGUCAAGGAGGAAUCGGACAAGUCCGCUACCCCCAAGCAAACACCUACCUCCGCAUCCAGCGGCCAUGUCAAGACAGAUUCUACUUCCAGCCGUUCCAAACACCAUAAAACAAAGAGCGAGUCGGCGCGAGAAGCAACUUUUGCAUCUCUCCAAAGGGCACUCAAUGCUGCUUGCGCCGCUCGAGAUCGAUUCGGUCGCCGGAUCAACCCCCGUAACAAGAACGAGGCUGUUCCAGAAGAGGACGACGAAGAGGUACUGUCCCCUAGCUCAAUGCCACCACCAAAGACGGCUAUUCCAGCCAAUGAACACGGAAACCUCGCCAACAUCAACUCUUCCUUUCCGGGUUGGUCUGAUGUCAAAGAAGAACCAGCUCCGUGGGGUUCUAGCGAGCAAGAUGAGAAUGUCGGAUAUAGCACUGCUGAGCAAAUCCCAUAUCCUGCUUGCCACCAGCCAAUGGCUGAGAUGCCGAGCUCCCACUCUAUGCAACAAAACAUGGACAUAUAUCCCAGCCACCUGCCCCCUCACAGGGAAGAGUGGUCCGAAGACAGAGAGGUACAGCAGGAUAAUGUUGUUUACAGCAAUAUGCAAUAUCCGAUGUCCAUGCAGGCGCCCGAUAUCUCACUUUCUCGCCGCGAGUCGUCUGAUGCGCUAACAACAUCUCUGGAGGGCAUCGGGAUCUGUACACCGGGUCAAUCUGGGCUGUCUCAGUCUCUCGAUCGAGUGGAAGGGAAUUCCUGGAAGGAAUCUGGCAAGGAGCUUGAUCUUGCCGCACGCCGCAAGCGCCCGCGGCCAGCGGCCAUUGGCACCUCGGGGUCUCGUCCUUUAGCUAACUCGACCUCAAUGUCCUCACUUUCGCCUACCGCUCGCAUGCCCAAUCCCGGUGCAGGUAGCUCAAUGAGACAAUCGAAAUCGACUCAAAGCCUCAACUCUCGCUAUGCAGGUGUGAGAAAAGCAUCGGCUGCUCAGCGGUCUCCUCUUAACUUCACAUUCGCGGAAACAGGGUCUAUCAAGAAGGCUGAGAAGAUGCUGCGGCCCUCGGUAUCUACCAGUACCCUUGCCCCUCCGACUCCCUUGACCCCGCAAGAUCUCGGACACUUUAUGCCUGCCUCCCCUACGGACAGCAAUUACUGCUUGUCUGCGCAUUCUGCAGCGCACUUCUUCCCCACUUCCCAACCCAUGCAGGUCAAUAUCGCAUCGCCUCCUACCACGCCGCUGGAUAUCUACUCCCCCUUCCCUUACCAGAAUGUGGCCCCGCCCAUGUCGGCACCAGCUCAGGUCUCCUCUUUCCCUGAAUAUGUCGCAUGUGACUCAAUGCCCAUGACAGCCCGCAGCUGGGCCGACACCGCUUCCAUCUCCUCACCAGAGUACCCGGUUGGUCUCCAGGUGCCGCAUUCGAGCACCGUCUCACCCAUGGGUUAUGAUGCGACCACCGACCACGCCGGACAAGCCUUCGGUAUGGAUCCGGUCUCGGGCUCACCAACUUUGAUCUACUCUAUUGAAGAUACCGAUAUGCCAGGCUCUGUCGAACUCGCGGAGAGAAAGCGGGCUGGUUUCAUGAUCCCCGAAUACUCAGAGAACGAUAGCCGUUAUGGUGGUCAUCACUUAUCAUCGAUGCAGAAGCCGAAGGCCUAUACGUUCACAAACAAUACGACGCCAAGUAACUACCCUUCCUGA